AGUAAAGAAGCAUGUAUGAAUAGAGGGGAUCCGAACGGAAAACCUCAAGCAAAACCUAGCGAAUAAUUUCAUAAUUCUCGAGCUCCCGUUUCUUAGUUAUUCUUACGAUCUGCCUUUCAAGUCGGAUUAUUUGGUGGAUUUACUGACCAUCAAAUUGGUGCUUUCAUUGAGAGCUCGAGAAAUUCACUCAAGAGAAAAUCUUCCGAAAAACAAUGGUGCAAACUCGAAGUAACGCUAAUCAGCCUACCGAGAACCCUCCUCAGGGAGAAACGAGCGCCAUCGGAGGCUGUCGCCUCCCUAUCAGCGUGACGGAGGCUGAGGCCCUCAUCCAGCGGAUCGGGAUCACGACUGAUCAAUUUAAAGAGGUGGUGGCGGCCCUGACCCCAAAUCAAGAGAUUGUGGUGGAUGACAUCACAGGGGCGCAGGUCGGGGGGAAGGCCGGACCUGCAGCAUCUGAAGGGAGAAAGAAGAAGAAGACCAGGCGUUCUCAGAAGAAGAAGGCGACCAAGCCUAAUGGGAAGGCGUUGGUAGAGGACGAUCUGUCAAGGCUGGACGAGGAAGGUGAGUCGUCCUCGUUCUAGCGGGCUUCCGCUUUUGAUCGACUGGGGGAUCCUAAAUUCAAGAUAAUAAUCUUAACCCCACCACAUAAUCUCCAGACCCACAAAUAAUAUCAUAUCUUAUCGAGUGUUUCACUUUGGGUGCAUAUUAUUUUUAUGGACCUCACAUAAAAAUUCUUUUUUUAUUUUUUAUUUAACAAAAAACAAAUAUUUAUUUAAAUAGUUAAAAAAUGCUUAUUUUGCUCAUAUGUAGGUUCAUGAUUGACCUUAGGUCCACCAUCGAAUUUGUCUAUCUUAUCAAUUUUAUCUUCUUCUCCUUCAUAUCUCUGACUCCGUCUUGAAUAAAAUAUACUCACAUUG